AUGGAAGAAGAUACGGAGGUAUGUUGGAGAAAAGAAGUCGAUACGAACCUCAAGUGCCUUCAAUUGCACCUGUUCGGAGCCGAUAUUGCUUUCCGAAUAGGAUAUUUCAACUCCGCCCAAAUCCUCGCCCUCUGUCUCGUCGGCUUCCUCGACUCCCAUUCUCACACCGACAUUGAUGACGCCUUUAUUCGUCCCAUUCAAGAGGGAUCCCUCAAAUUGAAAUUCGACGCAGCUUUCAAUUCAUCAAGGAAAUCAUGUGAUGGGGGGUUGAUUUUGCGUGACCACUUUGGGCAACCUAUUAAAGUUUCCUCAUUCUUCCUCUCAAAUGUUAGGAGCCCAUCUAUUGCAGAAGGAUUAAUUUUUAGGGAAUGCAUGUCUCUUCUCCGACUUUCGGGAUACCACAAUGUCAUAGUGGAAGGGGAUUAUCAGCCUGUUAUGCACCUCCAAGCCAAUGCUGAGGCAAUCUUCAGCUCGGUCAGUUGUAUCAGCACGGUUGAAUUGAUGGCGGACGAAGGUGGCGGCGGCAACCCCACUGGCGGGAAAGAUCGACAUGGAGAAGCUCUUUCAAAGGUGAAAUUUGAUAACUUCCAACGUGAAACAAAGCAAGCACUGCAAGAUAUUCAAGCUAAUUUCCAACGUGAAACAAAGCAAGCACUGGCAGAUAUUCAAGCUGCGAUCAUGUUGGGUCCAAAUCAAAACCCUAAUAAUAAAAGGUUGCGCGACGAAGACAUAGAAGUUAAGGGAAUUAAAAGUGACGAAGACUUAGCUAAGGGAAUUAAAAGUGAGUAUGAGGAAGAUUAUCGGAGGGAGACGAAGGAAAGGGAAGAUAAACGGGCAAAAAACCUCAAGCAACUUGAAUUAGUAAGAUCAAGUAAAUGCCAAGCAUUUGCGCAAGCAGACAAAGAUACAGGAUAUAUUGACAUUGACGAGAUUAAGCAGUCAAAGGACUCACAAAAAUCUAAAAGAACAACAUUGGAAAACCAACCGAACAGGAAGGACAAGACCUCAAAAGUUGAUGGGAAUGGCUCUGCAACUGCCCGAGCAAAAUUGGAAAGGGUUGCAAGGAACAGAGGAUAUGGUUUAAGAUCAAAAGGGGUCCAACAACCUGGCAUCCGUGAUAAUAAGACUUCUUUUGUUGGAGGGACGGAUUACAAUACAUUAGAUGACUCAACAAAGAGAUGUUUGGAAACGUUAUGUGGUCCUAAGGGCGAGAUUCCUGAGAAAUUACGGAAUUUAGAACCUCAUCAUAUUGAACAAGUCACUAAUGAGAUAAUGGAGCGGGAUCCCAACGUUCGCUGGGAUGAUAUUGCUGGUUUGGAGCAUGCUAAAAAAAGUGUGACGGAGAUGGUUAUAUGGCCUUUAUUACGUCCUGACAUUUUUAAAGGUUGCCGUUCUCCGGGAAAAGGUCUUCUUCUGUUUGGUCCCCCAGGAACGGGUAAAACAAUGAUAGGGAAAGCCAUAGCCGGAGAGGCUAAAGCAACCUUUUUCUACAUAUCUUCCAGUUCGUUAGCCAGCAAAUGGUUCGGUGAGAGUGAAAAGCUAGUGAGAGCACUUUUUGGAGUUGCCUGUUGUCGUCAGCCGGCUGUCAUCUUCGUUGAUGAAAUAGAUUCGCUUUUGUCUAAGCGCAAAUCAGGUGAACAUGACGCAUAUAGACGAUUCAAGACCCAAUUUCUUACUGAAAUGGAAGGCUUUGAUAGUGGGAGUGAGCAAAUUCUGCUUAUAGGAGCAACAAAUAGACCCCAGGACCUUGACGAGGCAGCACGAAGGCGACUGACUAAGCGACUAUACAUUCCCCUCCCUUCUUCAGAUGCGAGGGCCUGGAUCAUCCACAAUCUCUUAGAGAAGGAUGUGUUAUUUAAGCUUUCAAAGGAGGAUAUUGAUAAGAUAUGCGAGUUAACUGAAGGGUAUUCAGGAUCAGAUAUGAAAAAUUUAGUGAAGGAUGCAUCCAUGGGUCCACUAAGAGAGGCCUUGAAACAGGGCAUAGAAAUUACAAAGCUGAAACAGGAGGAUAUGAGGCCAGUAAAUCUAGAGGACUUUGAGAGUGCGUUUCUAGAGGUGAGUCCCUCUGUAUCUUUGGAUGAAAUCGGUGCAUAUGAGGAGUGGAACCAAAAAUUUGGAAGCUUGUCGCUCUAGAGGUCUGUUUGGUUAGUGAAGAACGAAAAUAGAUGACAAAUUAUCGCAAGUUGUAAUCGUUUGGAAGAUCAAUCAAUAAACAUUGACUUGCUGAUCGAUGUUAGAAUCAUGUUGUUAGUGUGUUCCCAAAGCUGUAAACUUCUUCCUUGUGCAUAAACUUUCAGGAAUAAGAAGUGCAGUUAUCUUUUCUUUGGUUUAAAAGCCCACAAAUUAGACUUGUAUGUACUCAAUUACAAAUUCGCUUGCCACAUAGAAUACAAGAUGGGAAAAGUUGAAUGUUGUGGUUUUCUUUGUUCUGUUUUGUUUUUUUGAAUGGCAUGUGGUAUUGUUUUUUUUUUUUUUUUCGAAAAUUUAAGCAAAUUAUAUAUAUUUAUAAAGAUUUACAAGGCCAUAGGCCCAGCAGCCCAACAACCAGGCAGCCAAUAGAAGAAACACCCAUCACAAGAGCCCAAACUACAGCCCAACCCAAUGAACAAAUU